AUGGCUUCAAGUUAUGACAUGCUGGAUGAACGUGAUUCGCGUGGAAUUGGAUCGAAUGUCGAGGUUCGAGUUUUGAGAGCUUGGAGGAAGAUGGAAUUCAACAAUCCAAGUGAACCUUACAUGGUGGAGUGCAUCUUGCUGGAUGAAAAGGGUAAUAGAGCAGUGGCUCAAAUUAAGAAGGAACUUAUUUAUAAGUUCAAAAGAGGACUGAAAGAAGUGUUUGACGUCGAGGAAUUUAUGACUGAUCCAGUUGGAGGGAAAUAUGGUUUUCUUUUUGCAAAGUUCUCUGACAUUAUUGAAGCCAAAUUGGAUGAAGGCUCUUUAAUUGAUGUUAUUGUUGAGAUAUGCAAUGUUAGUAAGAAGCAAACGGUGAAUAUCAAAGGAGUCGAUAAAGAUUUUGUGGAUCCCGUCUGUGAUUUGGUUUGCAAGGCCAAAAUUGUUGAAAUCGAUGGUACCAUAGGAUGGAACUAUCUUGGUUGUCCUAGGUGCCACAAAAAAGUGCAAGAAUUUCCUUUAUCUAAGAUCAAAGUUGAGGAUGAAACAAAUGAUUUUAAGAAGGAUGAGAAUAAUGCUCGCUCAGUUUACUACCGUUGUGUCGAUGUAUGCGGCAAAAUUGUGCCAAAUGUUACUCCAAGGUACAAAGUGUUUGUUACACUUAAGGAUCAAACAAACAAGCAUCCUUUUGUGUUUUUUGAUCGUGAUGUGGAGAACAUCGUGAAGAUUUCUUGCAGAGAUCUAAUGGAGACGAUGUUUGAGGAUGAUGAUUAUGAAAUUGGUUCGAAUGAUGAAGGAUUCUUGGGUUCUCAAUCUAUUGAAUCAAAUAUGCUUAAGAAUUGUCAUUCUUCAACCUCCAGUGGGGAGGUUUACUUAGAAGACAUGGAGAAAAGCGUUGACAAUACAAAGAAAAAAAGAAAAUUGGAUUCUUCACCGUUGGUUAUGUCUUCCCCCAACUUUACUAUUGUUUCACCAUCUGAAGAAGAUAGCAAUGAUAUGGAGUGA